AUGUUCGAGCUCUGCUUUGCGGAGCUCAAUGAACUUGUCUCUUUGAGUUGCGUAAGAGAGGAAGAUGACGGAGCCGAUUCAAUUCUUGGUUCCAAUUUGAUGGAACCGAUGAGUAACAGUGUGAUUCUUGAUUCUAGGCGUGAAACCGCUUACCCGCUCAUCCGGGAUUGGGGGAUAAGUUCUAUGGACUCGCCCAGGAACCGAAUCGGACCAAUGAUUCGGUUCCCAGUCCGCCGCCGCCCUCCGAUCGACGCGCCUCCGCCUCUCCGUCGUCGUCGCCACCCCUCGUCUCAACGCCGGAACCCUAGCCGCCGCCGAAUCAGUCGAUCGUCGUCGUCCGUCGCCGAAAACCCCUCCCCUUCCCCUUCCCAAAUCCCUUCCGGGUCUUCUCCGAACACGCGCCUCCUCUCGUUCGCGCCGACCCGCAACGCCCGGCAGAGGUGCUCCCUCCAGGCAGCCGCGUACCCGAGGCCCCAGGAGAUUCAGUGGAGGAAGGAGCUCACUAACUCCGUCCGGCUCAUCGGGAUAGUCUCGACGCUCGUCGAGGCCAGGGACUUGCCCUCCGGGAAGGUCGUCGCCUGGACCCGCCUCGCCGUCCGGAAGUCCCUCACCGACACGACGUGGCUUUGCCGAAUCAGCAGAUGUUCAAUCACCCGGGCUUCAAGCUUGUCAUUGUUGGCGAUAAGGGCAUGGGUAAUUGUCACUGGCGUGCUCUGUUUUACCAAUUUUGAUUCAAUCGCUCGUUACUUUGUAUACAGAACAGGUGCAUAUGCUAGAUGCAAGAAAACUGAAAUUUGCCGGAAUUAUUGCAAGUUGAAAAAUGUCUGUCAAGUCUGCCUUUGGACCGGGAUUCUUCUCACCGUCACCAUCAUUUAUCAGUACUUUGAGACCUUUGAGAAAGAAAAGGCAAUUGAACAAUGUGGAUUAGCAUGAAGCAGCUUCAUCACUGCAGUAUUAGGUUGGUAUGUUUCUUUGGAGUAUCUAGAGUGGAGCACGAGUAGUGGCUCGCUUGUCCUGUGUAGCUGGUCUUUCAUGAACUUAAGUUGAAUUCUGCAAUUCAGCACUUCAUUAAUGUGGCCAGUUGGGUAGGUGUUACUGGAAUGAUCCUUACUAUCGCAAAAUGUAAUUGUCUCUUCAUAAAUCAUGAGAAUCGAA